AUGCAUACUUGUGUCUUUAAAGAUGAUGCCAGAAAGGCCUACUUGGAUGCAGAAGGAAAGUUAGAUUUAGCAAAAGUCCAAGCCAGAUGGACUGAAUUAGGAAAGAUUAAAGUCAGUCUUGGAAAUAAGUAUUUCACACCAGCUGUAGUGGAGAAAGUGAAGGGCCUUUCUGAUUCCGAUCAAUAAAGAUUCUUGGAUGUGAUGAUGGGAGGUUUAUCGAAUGAUGACAGCUCUGUUGGAGUGUAUGCUACUAGACCAGAGGAUUACGAUGUCUUUUCUUUCUACUUAGAACCACUGAUAAGAGAAUACCACAAAAUAGAGGGGUAAACCAAAUAGGAACAUGAUUGGAACAUCCCAGUGGGAGAAUAUGUUCUUACAAAAAUAGAUUCAAGAUUAGAAAAGGUGUCAAUGAGAGCGAGAGUGGCACGAAAUGUGAAGGGAUGGAAUUUACCUCCUUCAAUGGAUAAGGACGAGAGAAUCAGAUUUGAGAAUAAGAUGGUGGAAGUAUUUGGCAGUUUCGGAAUUCCAGGCAAAUAUCACAGUUUGACUCCAGGUCACAAGAAUUAGAUCACAAAUCAAUAGGCAGAUGAAUUGAGAAAUAAGCACUUCUUAUUUAAUGACAUGACAACUGAUAAUCAUUUGACAUCUUCAGGGGUAGCAUCAGAUUGGCCACAUGGAAGAGGAAUUUGGAUUAGUGAGGAUGAAACCAAAAUGAUUUGGAUUGGUGAAGAGGAUCAAUUGAGAAUCAUCUCCAUAGUCCAAGGAAAUGAUCUAGGUAAAGUGGAUCAAUCACUCCAUGAAUUAUUGUCUGGCAUUGAAAAGAGUGGCUUAGAAUUUGCUGAACAUCCUAUUUAUGGUGUUAUUACCACUUGUCCAACCAAUAUGGGAACUGGAAAGAGACAAUCUAUUUUAGGCAAAUUCCCAAAUAUCACAAAGGGAGGAACUGAUGAAAAGAAAUUGAAAGAAGUCGCUAGAUCCUUAGGAUUAUAAGCAAGAGGAGUUGGAGGUGAACAUUCAAAUAUGGACAAGGAAGGCACAGCUGAUAUCUCACCAUCAGCAAGAUUUGGAGUGACUGAAGCCAUUGUUACAAAAAGACUUUAUGAAGGAUUGAUCAAAUUAUACGAUAUGGAAGUCUAAGCUGCAGGAGGAAAUAGAUAGAACUGUUGUAUAAUCUAUUGAAAAUUAUAAAUAUAAAAAAUAGGAAUAAUCAAUUUAAUAUUAAAUUUCUGUUAAUUAAUAUAAAAUAUUAGAAUUA